AUGAACGAUGUAUCGCGCGUGAUCGGGGCCGGGGGCGACGCGGGCGCGACGUACGAAGGACGCGCGCGACGCCGGGGUGGAUCACACGCGAUCGUCGCGAUCGUCGCGUGCGCGCUCGCGCUCGGCGCCGAACGCGCGAACGCCGCGGACGGCGUUUUUACGACUAAAAGUGAUCUCAAAACUGCUCUCGCAAAUUCCAGCAGUUCUUGCACCGGGGGCUACACCGCGUGCAGGCACGGGUUGAUCCCGAUCGCGGACUGGGACGUGAGCGCGGUGACCGACAUGGGGGGGCUGUUUAUGCAUGACUAUCAAUUUCGUUCAUUCAACGCGAAUAUCUCCGCCUGGAACACCGCGAGCGUGACAAACAUGGGGGAGAUGUUCGCUGGCGCGUCCACGUUCAACCAAGACAUCGGCGCGUGGAACACCGCGAGCGUGAAAAACAUGACGGAGAUGUUCAAUGGCGCAUUCACGUUCAACCAAGACAUCGGCGCGUGGAACACCUCGAGCGUGACAAACAUGGGGAAGAUGUUCGCUGUCGCGUUCGCGUUCAACCAAGACAUGGGCGCGUGGAACACCUCGAGCGUGACAAACAUGUAUGAGAUGUUCUCCAGUGCGGCGGCGUUCAACCAAAGCAUCUCCGCCUGGAACACCGCGAGCGUGACACGCAUGGACGGGAUGUUCAAGAAUGCGGCGGCGUUCAACCAAGACAUCUCCGCCUGGAACACCACGAGCGUGACACGCAUGGGUUACAUGUUCUACAAAGCGGCGGCGUUCAACCAAAACAUCUCCGCCUGGAACACCGCGAAAGUGACAAACAUGGACGGGAUGUUCUACAAAGCGGCGGCGUUCAACCAAGACAUCUCCGCCUGGAACACCGCGAGCGUGACAAACAUGAUUUACAUGUUCAGAGAAGCGGCGGCGUUCAACCAAGACAUCUCCGCCUGGAACACCGCGAAAGUGACAAACAUGAUUCACAUGUUCAGAGAAGCGGCGGCGUUCAACCAAGACAUCUCCGCCUGGAACACCGCGAGCGUGACAAACAUGUAUGAGAUGUUCUCCAGUGCGGCGGCGUUCAACCAAGACAUCUCCGCCUGGAACACCGCGAGCGUGACAAACAUGGGUUACAUGUUCUCCAAUGCGACGGCGUUCAACGCGAACAUCUCCGCCUGGAACACCUCGAAAGUGACAAACAUGUACGCGAUGUUCUACAUUGCGGCGGCGUUCAACCAAGACAUCUCCGCCUGGAACACCGCGAGCGUGACAAACAUGGGCGGGAUGUUCGCCAGUACAGCGGCGUUCAACCAAGACAUCUCCGCGUGGAACACCGCGAGCGUGACAAACAUGUACGCGAUGUUCUACAUUGCGGCGGCGUUCAACCAAGACAUCUCCGCCUGGAACACCACGAGCGUGACGAGCAUGAAAGAGAUGUUCACCCGUGCGGCGGCGUUCAACGCGAACAUCUCCGCCUGGAACACCGCGAAAGUGACGAGCAUGGAGUCCAUGUUCUCCAAUGCGGCGGCGUUCAACCAAGACAUAUCCGCCUGGAACACCGCGAAAGUGACAACCAUGGACUCGAUGUUCUACAACGCGACAGCGUUCAACCAAGACAUCUCCGCCUGGAACACCGCGAGCGUGACAAACAUGGCGGAGAUGUUCUCCAAUGCGACGGCGUUCAACCAAGACAUCACGGGUUGGAACUCAUCCAGCCUCUCGUCCUCUUCUGACAUGUUCAAUGGCGCGACAGCGUGGCUCGCUCGCUACAUGAAGUCUAACAGCAGCGAUACCUCGUUCGACGGCCCUGCGAACACCUGGCGCAUGAUACCGAGUCCACCGCCGCAGCCGAGUCCACCGCCGCAGCCGAGUCCACCGCCGCAGCCGAGCCCGCCGCAGCCGAGCCCGCCGCAGCCGAGCGGGACGAGCCGUCUCACGCGUACCUUCACAUCCGUCGCUCUCGUCGCGGGCUUUCUCAUGCUUUACUAA